AUGGCUCCAAUGCCAGCCGGUUCAGCCCUGCUGCUCCUGUUGGUCUUGCUCGGGCCUUUGCCAGCUUCCUCUCAGACUCAUGCGGCCUUCCUGCGGAAGCAUAUGGACUACCCAAAGACCGAUCCCAAUCUCACUGACCGGCUGUAUUGCAAUCACAUGAUGCAGAGGAGAGGAAUGACCACGCCCAUUUGCAAGGAAUUCAACACCUUCAUCCACGCACCAACCAAUGACGUGGACGCCAUCUGCACAAACAGAGGGACCCACUCCAGUGGGAAUCUUUAUAACAGCAGUGCCUACUUUAAUCUCACCAACUGUAAAGUCAAUGGUCCCCAGAGGCCCCCCUGUAACUAUAGGGGCUUCACAAGCUACCAACGCAUUCAAGUGGCCUGUGAGAACAGCUUGCCGGUCCACUUCCAGAGAAGGAUUUUAGUCUCUGGCUAA